AUGAUUAUUGCAAAGUGUCUUGAAGUAGUUGCUAUUUUCAGCUGGUUAAGUGUGGUUGUCUCGUUGGAGGCAUUGGACCCAGAAGAAGCAUUAUUCAUAAACACUCGAUGCCUGGAGGACUAUGCUGGAAAAAAGGAUUGUUUAAUCAAGUGUAUACUUGAAAAAUUGGGUUUGUACAAUCCGGGGACCAAAAAGUUUGAGGCUGAAUUGAUCACGAAGCAACAGGAAAAGUACCCUGAUUUGGUGCCAAAGGAGGAAGCGGAUGCCUACGCAGAUGCAGUGAACAAAUUGCCGACAGCGGAGAACACUUGUAAGGCAGUUUAUGGAGUUUUCUCAACGAUACUUAAACAGUACAAAAUAACUUCUCUAAACUUGUUCCAUGAAAAUUUAGAAAAAUCAAAAAAGAUUUACGAUGAACUGGGUGCUGAAAUCAAACAACCAGGCCAAUCAAUUUUCCACUUCUGUGAAAACAAAUUCUAUCCACCUGGUUCCCCCAACCGGAAGGAGAUAUGUGAAAUGCGUCAGUUCAAGGUGUUGGACAACGAAAUCUACAAGAAGCGCGUUCAAUGCGUCUACAAAGGAUUGCGUUACAUCACCAAGGAUGAUAAGUUUGAUCCGUCGGAACUCAAACGGGACUUUAAGUUAGCCGGGAAAGAUACAGGACGAUUGGACAAGGUGUUGGCGAAGUGUAAAUCUUCGGAGCCAAAGGAUCCGUUGCCACUGGCUCGUCAUUACUAUAAAUGUUUGAUGGACUCCGAGGUUGUCGAAGACUACAAGGAAGCCGUGGACUACAGGGAAGUCCGAUCCAUGGAUUAUAGAUACAACAUUCCAAAGGUUCGCAAGUACGACAAAACUGCGGUUGCUGCCCAAGUGAAGAAACUUGAUGCCAUGCAGUGUCCCAAGGCGUAACAUCAAAUGAUGAAUGUAUGGAUAAUUCACUGAUUUAAACAUAGAUUCAUUAUAUUUUCAUGACGAAAAUUUAAUUUGACGUGGCAUUUGUUAACUUUUAUUCAUUGAAUAUCAAUUUUUAGACAAUAAUUUAACUUUUUACACUUACAUUCAUCAGGAUUCAUGUGCAUUUUCAGCUAUUAUUAUUGGCUUUCUAUACAUCAAAAAGGCUGAAAUCUAAGAAGAUUUUACAAAUAACCCACCACGUUCAAUCAAUUUUAAAAGCAGAGCAGCCCAGAUAGCAAAAAAAUAAACAAAUAUUAGAUUUGAUUUCUCACAGUUCUAAAAAUUUCGGUUAUUUUUUUCAAAAUGGAAUAUUAGAUAUGUUUUAAUAAAUCAUAGUACGAAAAAAGCUCUUCUAAACAAAAGGACGUUAGAGACAAAGUGGAAGGAAACUGGAUUGCCUUUUCAGAAAAAAAUAUACACACUGUUUUUAAAAUCACGUAUUUUCGGGCAC